CUUUCCUCAGCACUAAUAUGUUGUGGGUAGACAAGUACCGCCCGACAUCGCUCUCGUCGCUGGACUUCCACCCGGAGGUGACCAAGCGCUUGUCCAACCUGUCGCAGUCGUCGGACUUGCCCCACCUUCUUGUGUAUGGUCCGUCGGGCGCCGGCAAAAAGACGCGCAUCAUGGCGCUACUGCGUGCGCUCUACGGGGACGGCGCCUUGAAGGUUCGAUUGGAGCACAAGUCGUUUAAAGCCCCAAACCGCAGCACUAAAGUGGAGAUUACCACGGUGGCCAGCAAUUUCCAUAUUGAGAUGAACCCGUCGGACGUGGGCAACAACGACCGCCUCGUGGUGCAGGAAGUGCUUAAGGAGAUCGCCCAGUAUCAUUUGGCUGAUACUAAUGCCCAUAGACCUUUUAAGGUUGUGCUGCUAAUGGAAGUGGACAGACUGAGCAAGAACGCGCAGCACGCGCUGCGUCGGACCAUGGAGAAAUACACGGCCACGUGCCGCCUCAUUCUGUGCUGCAAUAACCCGAGCAAAGUGAUCGACCCACUGCGCAGCCGUUGCCUCGGAGUGAGAGUGGGCGCCCCUACGACUGAUGACAUCUGCACAAUCCUUCAGGGUGUUUGCAGCAAGGAAGGACUCGACUAUUGCGCUCCGUUGGGCAAGGAAAUCGCCCUCAAGAGCGAGCGGAAUCUGAGGCGUGCGCUACUCAUGCUCGAAACGUGUCGCGUUCAGAAUUACCCGUUCUCGCCCGACCAACAGAUUCAGCUACCGGCAUGGGAGGAAUACAUUUGCAGUCUGGCUAAGGUGGUGCUGCAGGAGCAAUCGCCCGCUGGCCUUCUGAAAGCCCGCGAGAUGAUCUACGAACUCAUCUCCAACUGCGUGCCGUCCGAGGUGAUCCUGAAGGUUCUGUGUCGCGAACUCAUGAGCCGCCUGGACGACGAUCUCAAGCACGAGCUGGUGCAGUGGGCGUCGUACUACGAACAUCGAAUGCAGCGUGGCUCCAAGGAUAUUUUCCACUUCGAGGCCUUCCUGGCCAAGUUCAUGACGCUCUAUAAGAAGUUUUUGCUAGAGCUGUACAUGUAGCGACCUACAGGUACUAGUAUUAGCGAGCAAUAAAGCUCUCCAUCCCUUUCAGUUGUU